GCGGCGCCUGUCAAUCGUUUGAUAGAAAACGAAGAUAAGCCGCGAAGGGUGGAAAGAACGCUCAGGCGGGUCUCGCGGGUAGAACGUUCGUAGGAAGCCUCGGCGCGCAGUGCGCGCCGGGGUAUGUAGUCCAACCCCUCACGAAACAAGAGAAAUAGCAGAGCUGAUGGUGCUAUAAUUAUCUACACCCAGGGGAAGUUUAUUUUUGCUUUGUUUUGUUUUAAAUGUAAACUUGAAAUUGGGGUAAUAGCUCUCCUCGUGAAUAGUGAAAAGGCUGCCGGGAGUCGAAAUUUUGGGGGAGGAGUCUGGUUCGUUAGCGGAAAUGACGCAGCCAGCCGUCGCCUCUUCUCUUCCGCUGCGUCUGGCUGUGUUUUUGUGCCUGAAAGGAGCCCACUGAGGCACCCGCCCGCCCGGGCUGCAGUCCCCUGAGUCCGAUGGACCAGUCAUCUCCAACCUAUAUGAUUGCUAAUUUAAUACCCCUGCAUUCAGAGCAACUCCUGCAAGGCCUGAAUUUACUCCGCCAACACCAUGAACUUUGUGAUGUCAUCCUUCGAGUUGGAGAUGUCAAGAUCCAUGCCCAUAAAGUUGUGCUUGCUAGUAUCAGUCCAUAUUUCAAAGCCAUGUUCAGUGGCAAUCUCUCUGAAAAAGAAAACUCAGAAGUAGAAUUCCAGUGCAUUGCGGAAGCAGCUCUGCAGGCCAUAGUGGAAUAUGCCUAUACUGGGACUGUGUUCAUAUCACAAGACACCGUGGAAUCACUUCUGCCUGCUGCCAAUCUCUUGCAAAUCAAGCUUGUGCUGAAAGAGUGUUGUACCUUUUUAGAAAGCCAGCUGGAUCCUGGCAAUUGUAUUGGUAUCUCCCGUUUUGCAGAGACGUAUGGCUGUCAUGAUCUGUACUCAGCUGCCAAUAAAUAUAUUUGUCAGAACUUUGAAGAUGUUUGUCAAACAGAAGAGUUUUUUGAACUUACCCAUUCUGAGCUGGAUGAAAUUGUUUCCAAUGACUGUUUGAAUGUGGUUACAGAGGAAAUGGUUUUUUAUGCACUGGAAUCUUGGAUCAAAUAUGAUGUGCAGGAGCGUCAGAAAUUUCUGGCGCAGCUACUUCAUUGUGUACGGUUGCCUCUAUUGAGUGUUAAAUUUCUCACAAGACUUUAUGAAGCCAAUCAUCUGAUUCGUGAUGAUCAUACCUGUAAACACCUGUUGAAUGAAGCUCUGAAGUACCAUUUCAUGCCUGAACACAGGCUUUCGUAUCAGACUGUACUAACUACACGUCCUCGCUGCCCUCCUAAAGUGCUCUGUGCAGUGGGGGGCAAAGCUGGACUCUUUGCUUGUUUGGAAAGUGUUGAAAUGUAUUUUCCUAAGAAUGACUCUUGGAUAGGCUUAGCACCUCUGAGUGUUCCUCGCUAUGAAUUUGGAAUCUGUGCCCUUGAUCAGAAAAUCUAUGUAAUAGGAGGAAUUGCAACCCACAUGUGUCAAGGCAUCAAUUAUCGGAAACAUGAAAGCUCUGUGGAAUGCUGGGACCCUGAUACAAACACUUGGACAUCAAUUGAGAAUAUGAAUGAGAGUCGAAGUACUCUGGGUGUAACAGUUUUAUCACGAGAAAUCUAUGCCUUGGGAGGUUAUGAUGGGCAGUCCUACCUGCAAUCAGUGGAGAAGUAUAUUCCAAAGGUGAAGGCGUGGCAGCCUGUUGCACCAAUGAACAAAACUAGGAGUUGCUUUGCUGCAGCUGUUUUAGAUGGAAUGAUUUAUGCCAUUGGGGGCUAUGGUCCAGCUCAUAUGAACAGUGUGGAACGUUAUGAUCCCAACAAGGACUCCUGGGAAGCAGUUGCACCAAUGGCAGACAAGAGAAUAAACUUUGGUGUUGGGGUUAUGCUAGGCUUCAUUUUUGUAGUUGGAGGGCACAAUGGUGUUUCUCACUUGUCCAGCAUUGAGCGGUAUGAUCUACACCAAAACCAAUGGACUGUUUGUCAUCCAAUGAAGGAACCCCGAACUGGAGUUGGUGCAGCUGUAAUUGAUACAUAUCUUUAUGUAGUUGGUGGACACUCAGGUUCGUCCUAUCUUAAUACUGUACAAAAAUAUGACCCUAUAGCUGAUAACUGGCUGGACAUUGCUGGUAUGAUGUACUGCCGUUGUAAUUUUGGCUUGGCUGCACUUUGAAGAAUACAUUUGAGGAUGCAAGUAGCACUGAAGAUGCCUGACCUGUACAAAGCAGAAGCUGUAUUUCUUCAAGAUGGGAGAAAGGAGAGAUGACUUAAUUGUAAUGCAAACAGGUGAACCCCAAACAAGAAUUGGAUAUUGUUGAUAGGAAAGAAAUAGAAGGAGGGAAUAUGGAACUGUCUUUCUAAUGGGGAUCCAAACUGCAUACUGUUAUUGACCUGAAAUAAUUUAUCUUUAUACAAGAAGCACUGUGUUGUCUGCAAUAGGCAAAUAAACUCCCAAACUCAGAGCUUUGAUCUUUCUCUUCCUGUGACUGGCAUAGAUAAUAUUGCUAAAGGGGUGGGAUCAUUUGACUAUGUUGCACAAUCUUAAUAGAUGUCCAUAUUUACAUAGAGACCAUGAUUGCUUCACAUUUUUUAUGAACAGUUAAAGGGCUGCCUUUUCCCACUACCCAUUACGCAGGUUUUGUAAAUAUCUGAUACUAUAAUUUGUUUAUCUGCACUUAAUACGCCUCCUCCUUUUGGGGUGGAGGGGUAACUUACUGGAGAAUAAGAAUGGAUAGCUAUUUUCAGCUCAAUGCAUUUAAAAUUUUAUUUUUAUUCUUAUACUAUUUGGACCUGUCUGUACAUCACCCUUUAUCUGAAGACCUACAGCUUAUAAGCUGGUAGAGAAAGCCCGUGUGUCUUGGGUUUUAUUAAAUAAUGUGCAAUGAUAUACCAGCGCACAUGUAACUGUUUCAAAAAGAAAUAUCUUCCACCUCUGUGCAUAAAUUUAUGGUAUGUAGCCCACGAGUGACUACAAAGAAUGUACAACCAAAUCUUCAGUGUGUAUUGACUGACAUGGUGCUAAACAAUUAGAUUGCUGAGAUUGCUAGAAAUAUUAAGAGGGAUUGAUUGAAUAUGUACAGCAUUGGACUAAGGCAAAAUUUUGAUUAAAGUAAUACAUUUUUUUUGUUAUUGGUGAAUUGCAGGAUUUGUAAUGAUAGCUACCAGAUUGAAAUAUAACUAUUUUUCUUCUCUGUUCCUGUGAAAUUAUCAAGUUUUUCUUUUGCUAAUAUUUCUUAGAUGAGCAUGUUUGGAGAACAGAAGUCUGAACAGAUUAGAGAAUGGAGGGAGUAUUGAUUUCCUUAGAGAUAGUUCUCUUCGUUAAAAAGUGAAUUAGGUAACAAUACUGGAUAGUUAUCUCUGCAUUCUUAACAGUUCCCCCAAACAUUGCUUUGAGAUGUCCUAGAACUCAGCAGAACUUUUCAGUUGUGGUUGGAUUGUUCUGUAAUUGGACAAUUCCUCUAAUAAGUUGAAAUCUGGUCAUCGAUAGAUCAUCCUGAAACCCACUGUUAAGGUUCUAAGAGAACAAAGCAUGACCUUAUAUUUUAAUAUUAUUUCACAUAGAUAACUGAAACUGUUUCUACAGUUUUCUCUUUCAGGUAUUUUUCAAUGUAUAUUUCUGUUUUGUCAAAAGAGUUGUACAUCAGUUUAUUCUUGUCUACCUUUUCUUCCUUUGGAAGUACAUUUCUCCUUCUCUCCCUUUAGCACGAUUUUUGGUAGUGUUCACAAACAUGCAAUAAUAAGAUGUGUGGCUGACCUAUAUUUUGAGCCUUUUACUUCUAUCUACAUGAAAGGGGAGAUUGUGAACUAGAAACUUGUGCUCUGUAAUAAGAAUGGCAGCUAACCAAGCUGCAAAAGCUCUUCUUCUUCCAUGAGCUAAUCAAUGUUCUAAUUAAAACCAGAAGAGCACACUUCUUAAACUACUUAACAUCAUUUUUCUACCAACACUUGAAGAUGUUAUCAAAUCCUAAAACUCUUGUUUAGAUAUUUGUUCAGUUAAGCAGAGUUUUGAAGCAACUAUGAAACAAGCAAUUUGUAAUAUGCUAGUUGAUACCUGUUAUGCAGCAAUAAUAGCAUAAUGCAACAUGUACCUUGAUUUUUUUUUUUAAUGCAUGGAAUUAGGACAUCCUCAUUCAUUUCAGUGAAACUCAUUUGAGAGACCUGGAUUCUGAAGAAGGCAAUCAUGUGUAACAGUAGAAGCAAUUGCUUGUUUUGUAUCAAUGGUUAUUCAGUUUGCAUUCAUAAAAAUGCAAAAUUAAAUCAUUUUUCAGUCUUAGGUCUUUCUUCAAGCUGCCUUUGAAUUUAGAAAAAUAUGUUUAAUACUUGAUAAUUGUUUGAGAAGGUACUCAUAUAGCGAGAAUCUGAGAAUCAGACAAAAUAACUCUGAACAAGGAGAGAGAGAAAAAUGGUCAUGGAGUGGAAAACGCUAAAAAAAAAAGCCAUUGUAGCUGAAGGAUUUAAGAAGUGUUCACCUCUGGUUAUCUGCCUUGUUCAUGCAUAGUUUGCAAAGAAUCCACUCAAACUGCUUUGACUGGCCAAUCUGAACAUCAGGGUUAAGAAUAUUUUUUGCUUUUGUUUUAAAAAAGGAGUGCAGACAGUGACAACAUUUGAUAUUCUUCAGCACCCCCUUUGGGUGAUGGCAUGUACCCAGUAAGAAGUUAAUUACUCUAAAUAUAGCACUUUUUGAAUUAUUUGUAAUUUCCAGGCAGUUUGAGGGUGGCCCUUAUUGUGCAGUUCAACUAAGGACAUUGUUGAUUUAUUUGAGUCUACCUUAAUAUUUGUACAUAAGGAGAUUUGGUUGAUUGCUUUAAUUAUGUAGACUAUCUGUAUUAAAAACAACUUAAGGCACAAAUAGCUAUUUUUAGUCACAAUUAGAUUAAUUCACUAGUACAGUAGUGAAUCUCUGUAGAAAAUUCACUAGUACAGUAGUGAAUUCACUAGUACAGUAGUGAAUCUCUGUAGAAAAUACAGGGAAUAAUACAUUUAAAUGAACUCAUCAUAGUCGCGUAUCUUUCACCAUUCACUGAACUGCUCAAGUGUAGAUAAAUUGGACAACCAAUUUUAACAUUUGUUGGCUGCAAUAAGCUGCUUAUAGCUCAGCAUUACAGAGAAAGCCUUUCCUAAAAGAGUACGUACCUAGCUUAACAUCCAGUUCCACAAAACCAUUCAAGUGACUUACUUAAUAUUAAGCAAAAGCACUUUAACAUUUCCUGGCUGUUUAUUUUUAGGCUUUUCUUUGAUUUGGAAGAAAAAUAACCCACAGCUUUGUAUAUAUGUACUAUAGGGUAGCAUUAUAUACAUAUGUAAUACAAGUAAUCCUCAACCUUAUGACCACAAUUGGGAUGGAAAUUCCAUCUCUGUGUGAGGUGGUUGUUAACUGAGUCAUGCCCAAUUUUAUGAUCUUUUUUGCUGUGGCCAUUAAGCAAAUCACUGCAGUCAUUCUUUGAAGCUGGCUUGCCCCAUUGAAUUUGUCAGAAGCUAGCUGGGAAGUCUCAGAUGGUGAUCAUGUAACCUUGGGAUGCUGCAGCCAUUGUAAAUAAAUAUGGGUUGCCAAGCACCCAAAUUUUGAGCAUGUGACCAUGGAGAUACUGCAACAGUCAUAAGUAUGAAAAACGGUCAUAAGUCACUUUUUUCAGCAUAGUCAUCACUUUGGUUACUAAACAAAUGUGGUUAAGGACUGCCUAUGAAGUCCACAGGUCUUAAAGUUGUCAUGGUUGGGGACCCCUGAGCUAGAGUGUAAGAUUGGAGCAUUGCGGUGGCUAAAUAUUUUUGUUAUGUGGCAAACCUAGGCAGUCUUUUUCUAUUUUUUUUCUUCUCUAUUUUUUCUUCUAUGCCAUCUACCAAGGUUCAUUUGUUAACUCCUUCCAUUCUAUGACAGAAUAUGAGCUCACUCUCCUACUUGCCUUAAAUCUUCUUUCACUCAUAAAAGAACUGAGAAAUAAUUCCUUUCUUUGCCUUACAUGCUAUUCUCUGUUUUCACUUCUCUGACCCAAUUCUAAACCUUCAUGCACAGUAGUUUUUAGUAUGAUUCUGACCUGCACAGAGGGAUUUAUUGUGGAUGCUAGAAGACAGGUAGUGUUGUUUUAUGUUUGCAUUCUCCUACCAGCAGAGUUUCAUGUUCUUUCUCUCUCUGCCAUCCUUCUUUACAAAGAUGAUAGUUGAGUGGGAAGCCACUAGAUAAUUUUCUCCUUUGUUUGCUAAAUGUGGUCAUGUUCUGUUGUUAUUGCUACAGUAUUUCAUUUGAAUGUGCACUGUUAAUAAAUAAAUUUAUGAAGGCAAAAA